CGUGAACACCCCUUUCUACCGCGAACUUGCGGUGAGAGCCGCCGUGACGGCCCACGCGUUUUUCGACAUGUUGUCAGAGAAGCGGGUCUUCCUGGACACCCCGUGCGAUGUUCAAAGCGAUUUGAAGUUGUCUCUACCCAUUCAGCAGGGUGCCGGGGUGGGUUCUACUGGUGCAACAAUGGGAGCGGAGGGUUCGGGGGUCGUGUGUUCGCGGGAGAUGUCCCGUGCCGACAGUCGGGGGAAUUUCGACACCGACGAAGAGGACGAGGCCCUGGUGGCCGUUGCCUCGCUUGCAACGCCGACUCGGGUCUUAGCGCUGCGUAUUCAGGAGCGGCUCGCAGACUGUUCGCUUCGGGAGGAGUGGUCGACGCCCACCAAGGGUUCUCGUCCCGUGGCCGGUGAAGACGUUCGUCUUCAAGAAGUGGGGUGCGGUGGUGACGACCUUCGAGAAAACACUGCGGUCGUUUACGACGCGAGGCUGUCGGCGGGGGACGCUGCGGCGGUGGCGGUCCAUCAGAAAGUCACUCCCACGGACAUAUCUGAGAUGCCUUUCCAUCCUUGCGAGUGGMCGUUGUCGACCACGGGACACAAAGGGAAGGUGUACAAAGAGAUGGAGCGGAACCCGGGGCAAUUGGCGAAUCUGUUGGYGUUCCUCUGCAAAAAAGGGGAAGGUGUCACGUUCAUCGGGAAACCACAUGCGCAAGUCGUGUGGGAGGUGUUGCAAAGUGGGCGUCAUGUCGUCGCGUUGGAAGGAAACUCGGAGUUGUUGCAGUACAUGGUGGACUACGUCAAAUGCGAGGUCAACUCCGGAGCCAGCCGAUGCGAGUUCGUCGUGCGGACCGAGAAAGCGGUGCGCGUCUGGGAUCCGUCGACGGACAUGUGGUUCAAAUUGAGCGAGAGAAAAAGAAACAAGAUUUUCCGCUUCCUCUUCCUGGAAACCCGGCCGAAGAGUGAAGCCAACCAGGAGCACAUGCGACGCAGGGACCACAUGUUGUCGUUGCUUGACAACUACCAUGGCGCCGAUCGGAGAAAUGCGAAGAACUUUCUCGACAGGUUGGCGGGUCUGUACUUCGAAGAGUCUAUCCAGAUCUUGAGGUACCACGACUACGCGUCGAUGGUAUCCACCGAGGAUGAGGACAAAACAGGGAUUGUAUUUGAAGCUGGCAUGACAGAGGAGGGCAGCGAUACGGAGAGUCUCGACAUCGGUUACGCACCCUCGCCUGGCUCGACCACCGCCUGUUCUUCAGCAGCCGGCCCGUUGACCAGCCAACCCCCGCAGACGACACAGACGUUAACGACAACCUCGGGAAAGACACCGAAGAAGUUGUCGUCAAGACUGCGCCCCGUUGGAGCUUCCGCUGCCCCGUUGCGUCCUGGGAGUUUUGUUCCUCUCGAUCACCCGUCUCGACGCGACGAGAGCAUCCACUUCGAGGGCCACGACCAGACCAGGUCCGGCGAGGCGGAUUGGGGCCAGGACAUGAUUUGGCAUCCAGGGACCAUACAGCCUGCGGUUCUGAAGGGCGAGUGGGUCAUGGCCAUGAUCAAUGACGACAGGCAAUUGGCGUCAUACGCGCGCAUGUCUGUGUCCGAAUUUCUAGACUUGGCUAGGGAAAUGGUGGCAGAGAAGGUUAGGGCAGAAAAUCCCAGGGUCGCCAGGGACGACCUGUCCAUCGCCUACACCACCGACAUACUCAUCGGCGACACAAAGAACGAUCUCGGGGGCGGCCGACAAUUCGACAGCGAGGUCAAGUGUGGGGACGACCCUGCGGCUGCGCAGGUGCUCAGAAGUCCUGCAAGGCAGUCGUCGCCGUUAUCUGGAGACGUUAAGCAGGCUGGUAAGCGCUGAUCGGUUCACUUCUUGUCGCGCUGUUCUGCUCACGGAUGCAACAUUCAGGAUUC